AUGCCUAAUGCCAGAACCGGGAAACGGCUGCUGUCGAGACUUAGUCAGAAUACUACAUCUACGUCAGAAGAUUCAUUUGAACUGCUGAAUUUGCAAAGAAACAAGAGGCAAAGUCCAAACCCGUAUGCGAAUUCCAAUGGUAAUGAUAAUGAUAGUGUUGAUCAGCAACAGGAGCAACCACAAAAAAAGAAACCAAAGACCCAAGGCAAGACUAAGGAAGUUCAAUUAGCAACCAUAUUGACUGACUUUGCUGAAGCCGUGAACGAAUUAUAUCAACUUUUGGAGUAUGCAUCGAUAGUAGCAUGGAAGCCAAAUGAGUUUUCGGAAAACAAUCCUCAACAACUGCUUCGUGAGCAUUACAAAGCGUUUUGUGAUGAUAACAAUUACCGUAUCAAAUGGAAUGAUGAGAUUGAAGACGAUACGUCAAUAAAAAGCCUACCACUUCGAUUUCAAAGAAAGAAGUUGACGGAGAGGGAAAAUGCUUUGCAAAAUAUGUACCCAUUCAGAAAGGAAGUUUUUACAUUGCAAAAGCAAAUGGAGGAAAAUCGAUAUAUAUCAAAGAAACCAGAAGUAAACCAGAAGUUGAAUCUAGAUCCCCAGCAACAGUGGCAACAAGGGCAACAAGAGCAACAAGAGCAACAACAAGAGCAACAACAAGAGCAGCUUCCAGGGAAACUGAAAUCCACAACAACCAAUAAUAAGACAAACACUUCCAAAAAAGUUGUCAAGAAAGUCGAACCGCCACCGAAAUCCAAUGAUAAAUUGAAAAGCAAACCUAAAAGCAAGCACAAACCAACCUUGCGAGCGAGAGAAAUCGAGUCGUCAGAAAUUAAAGAAAUAGAAAAGAAUGAGAAAAUAACAGAGAUUUAUGUAGCAACCAAAGAAUCUACAGAUGACAAACUAGUUGAACAUAGCGAUGAUGAGGAAGGGCUAGAAGUGCAUGAAGAGCAAAUAGAGGAAGAAGAAGAAGAAGAAGGGGAAGAAGAAGAAGAAGAAGGGGAAGAAGAAGAAGAAGAAGAAGAAGAAAAAUCGGACCAGUCACCUAAUCCACACGGAGUUUUUCACAAUAAUUCCAAAAAAGUUAGUGUAUCCCUUACUGUUCCUUCUUUGUUGAUAACACACCCUUCACACAUUCCUGGGUGGCAGCCACAACCGCAAGAUCAAAUGCAAACGGAUAUUGCGGCUACCGAGAGAGAUUUACAGCACUUGGACUAUCAACCGCAGACAAUUCGAGUGACAAAUCUUAACAAUGCACAGCGUGAGGUAACAUCGAGUCUUUCUCAGCGAUUAAGCACAUUUUUGGAAAACAGGUACAAGACUCCCAUCAUUGAUGAAGCCAAUGCAAUAGAUUUUGCAUAUACAAAAGAAGAGUACGAUGAAAUUAAUAAACAACAACAGAAAAUGUUUAAAGACAUCUACAAUAAAAUAUAUGCAGAAAAUACAUUGGUUUUUACAAAUCAAAAAAUUGAACGUCGGAAAAUUGUUCUUCCUCCAUCAUCAUCAAAUUUUAAGUUAAAUGACCCAUUUAGAAAUGCUAAUGCUGUCUCACCAAAAUUACCUGGAACAUCCAAUAAUAUGACUUUUCAAGACCACUUGGUUGCACAGGGUGCCUCCUUUUCACGAAUCCAUCACCAGAUGAGGAAGCAACAUAUUAAUAGAGCCAGGAAAGUUGCUCUUAUCGUUGAUCAACAUUUCAAAAGGAAAAGAGGAGAGAAGGAAAGGCUUCAGCGUGAAAGAGAGUUAAGCUUAAAGAAAUUGAGCAGAACCGUGAUGCAAGCUGUGAAAAGAAGAUGGAAUGAGGCAGCUAAAGUUUACAGUAUAAUUCAGUCGGAAAAAGAUGAAGAAUUAAAAAAGAUUAAAGGAAGGGAACACUUGAGUCAAAUGUUGGAACACUCAACUCAACUUCUUGAAGCGCAAUUAAUUUCGUCGCGAGAGCAAACUGCUGAUGCUGAAAGCAAUUUCGAUAAUUCCGAGAUGCUGCCUCUGAGUGAUGAUUUCGAUGCUUCCAAAGACUCUGAUGAUUAUUUAUCAAGUUCAGAUUCUGAUGAUGACAAUGAGAAUAAUGAUUAUGAAGGGGCUAAACCUCUUUCAAAGAUGUCGUCCAAUCAAAAUUUGACGGAAAUUUCUAGUACUGAUGACAAUGACUUCAAUUUGUCUGUUGACGAGCUUCGAAAAAAAUAUGCUGGGAUUGAAGGGUCAAUGGAGGCUGCAGAAUUGAGUGAGAUCAAAACAAACGAUAUCAAAAUGAAGAAUUUGGAGGAUGAUGACAAAAAUGGAAUCAAUACAAAAAAUGCUAGUCAAGAGCUUAUAACAAAUUCCGAAUCUGAAACGACAGCUUUAUCGAUCAAAAAUGGAAAGAUGAGUGGCAAGACUUUAAUGAAUGAAAGUGAGGACAACUUGGGAAGCGAAGUAGACAAUGAUAGCUCUGAUGCAGAUGCAAAGCCUGUUAGUAGUUUAAUCAGUUUACUCGGCGGUGGCAUGGAAGAUUCUGAUGAUGACGAUGACGAUGAGGAUGCUGAAUUAGAUUCUGUCUAUUCUUCAAGUGACGAAGAAAUGAGUACCUCAGGAGAUGAUGAUGAUGAUGAGAAGGAGGAAGAAGAAGAAAAAGAAACAGAAGAAGAAGAAACAGAAGAAAAACAAAAAGAAAAAGAAGAAGAAGUAGAAAGUGAGAAAGACACGGAGGUUGGAGUUGAAAAGGAAGUAAAUGGAGAAAGUAAAGCCAACAAUAGAGAGACCCCAAUAAGCAACGGCCAUGUCGAUGAUACUCACAAAGAAUCAGAGGAGGAUACAGGUGCUGUGGAAAUAAUCAAUGGCGCGAAAGUCAAGGAUGUGCCAGUGCCACAAUUGCUUCGAGGCACACUAAGACCAUAUCAAAAACAGGGACUUAAUUGGUUGGCAAGUCUUUACAAUAACAACACGAAUGGUAUUUUAGCAGACGAGAUGGGUCUUGGAAAGACCAUCCAAACGAUAUCUUUAUUAGCUUAUUUAGCAUGCGAGCAUCAUGUUUGGGGACCGCAUUUGAUUGUUGUGCCCACAUCUGUCAUGUUGAAUUGGGAUAUGGAAUUUAAAAAAUUUGCUCCAGGUUUCAAGGUAUUGACUUAUUAUGGUUCGCCUCAACAGCGAGCACAAAAGAGAAAAGGAUGGUUCAAACCGGAUGCUUUCCAUGUUUGUAUAACUUCUUAUCAAUUAGUGGUACAAGACCAACAGGCAUUCAAGAGAAAGAAAUGGAGAUACAUGAUUCUUGAUGAGGCUCAUAAUAUCAAGAAUUUUCGAUCCACAAGGUGGAGAGCUUUACUAAAUUUCAACACUGAGAAUAGAUUGCUACUUACAGGUACGCCUUUGCAAAACAAUUUGAUGGAACUUUGGUCAUUAUUGUAUUUCUUAAUGCCGUCUUCAAAAGCCAAUAUGGCCAUGCCUGAAGGAUUUGCCAACUUGGAAGAUUUCCAACAAUGGUUCGGAAAGCCCGUAGAUAAGAUCCUCGAGCAAACCACGCUUACAAAUAAUGCAGAUUUGAUUGACGAGAAUGAAAAGACCACCAGUAAGAUGGACGAGGAAACGCGAAAUACUGUGUCGAGAUUGCAUCAAGUGCUCAGACCGUAUAUAUUACGUCGUUUAAAAAAGGAUGUCGAAAAGCAAAUGCCUGGUAAAUAUGAGCAUAUUGUUUAUUGUCGAUUAUCGAAGCGCCAAAGGUAUUUGUAUGAUGACUUUAUGUCCCGGGCAAAGACAAAAGAGACCUUGAUGUCUGGUAACUUUUUGUCUAUUAUAAACUGUUUAAUGCAGUUGAGAAAAGUGUGUAAUCAUCCUGAUCUUUUCGAGGUUCGUCCUAUUGUGACAUCCUUUGCUAUGCCUGAAGCAGUUUCGUCAACAUAUCUUGCUAUAAAUAGCGCAGUGCAAAAUUGGACCAAUGGCAAUGCAAUGGAUUGUGUUGAUUUAAAAGUUUUGAAUUUAGAUAUCACUAGACAUGAAAACUUGGACUAUUUUGUUGCUGACUCGGCUAGUAAAUUAGUUUCGAUUACCGAUUUUGAAAAACAAAUUGCUCAAUUGAAAUCUGUGUCGAGCGAGGUUAAUACCUUUGAAAAUCCCCAUUAUGUUAAAUCAUAUCAGCAACUCAAAGCUCUUGACCAAAUAGAGGCGCGAGACAAGAUCCAGCACGUGUCUUAUAUAAAUAAAUUACGAUGCAACAGAAAACCUAUUUAUGGCAAGUCUUUGUUAAACAAAUUAAAGAUUGUGAAACCAGUUGACUCAAAUGAUACGUCUAUUCAACUUGGCAUAACUGUAUCGCAAAGAGCAGAGCUAAUGACUGACGCGAUUGAGAAAUUUUCAAUUUUGACUCCUGCAGUUGUCACCUUAGAUUUAAACAACCAGAUGUUUUCCAAAUCUCUACAAGAUCGAGUACAUUCUGAAGUUCUUGAUGGCAAGAUAUUGAAUCCAUUUCAUCAGUCUCAAGUCAAAUUAUCGAUUGCUUUUCCUGACAAGACCUUGUUGCAGUAUGAUUGUGGUAAGCUUCAGAAAUUGGCGACUUUGAUGAGGGAUCUUGUUGCCAAUGGACAUAGGGCGUUGAUUUUUACACAAAUGACCAAAGUCUUGGAUAUUUUGGAACAGUUUUUAAAUAUCCAUGGGUAUAGGUAUAUGAGAUUAGACGGUGCAACAAAAAUUGAGGAUAGACAGUUACUAACAGAGAAGUUUAAUCGCGACCCAAAAAUACCCGUUUUCAUUCUUUCUACAAGAUCCGGUGGUUUGGGUAUAAACUUAACGGGAGCAGAUACCGUUAUAUUUUACGAUUCGGAUUGGAAUCCGGCUAUGGACAAACAGUGUCAGGACCGUUGCCAUCGUAUUGGACAGGUUCGUGAUGUACACAUCUACCGUUUUGUUUCUGAAUACACUAUAGAAUCCAAUAUUAUCAAGAAAGCAAACCAAAAAAGACAAUUGGAUAAUGUAGUGAUUCAAGAAGGUGAGUUUACCACGGAUUAUUUCGGCAAGUUUUCUGUUCGCGAUUUAGUGAGCGACUCAAACGUUACAGAUAUCGCAGAACGGACAAUUGAUUUUUCCGGUGAUAGCAAGAUGGGUUCGGUUCUAGCGCAAGCAGAAGAUGAAGAAGAUAGAGCUGCAGCAGGCGCUGCUAUGAAAGAAGUUGCAGUUGAUGACGAGGACUUUACUGAAGACGCAAACGGUCGACGCGAAAACUCCGACUUGGCACUCAAUACUGCAACUGCCAACGAUGAAGGUGAUGCUGACAUGGAUUUGGACUAUGAUGAAGGUAUUGGCCACAUUGACGAAUACAUGCUACGUUUUAUUAGUGAAGGAUAUUUAUAG